AUGGCCCCCUUCACACCACCCGCUGGCCAUCAUCGUCAGGAGCCUCCGCUACCAGUCAGCAUUUCGUCAGUGCAUCGUGUUGACGAGCAUCUCACAGGUGCCCAGUCGCUCCAGGUCAUCACACUUGUGAUUAAUAACCCAGAGUGGCAUAACAACAACAGUCCGAGUGACCCUGCUACUCAGGUGAACAGCACUCUAUCCUUCAACCACGUUACAUCCUUCGUCAUUCGGACCCUAUCCUCCAAUGCUGCGAGCAGCACCAACGAUGUGACUGGCCUGCUCUACGUACCCGAUCUGGAGGAGAACGACCCCUGCAUAAACGCAACCGCACCCUACGUACCGCAAAACGUAACACGUCAAGCGAACCUCCCAAGCACCGACUACGAUCUGAUCGCAAUCGCACCAUGGGUCACGCCGGCAUGCUCCAUGAAGUAUAUGGAGGCUGCUCGUCAAGAUCCAGCUCGCAGCUUCUUGUUCUUCAUUCCUGGGAACACUACACAGAUACCGCCAGACACGAACGAUCCUGUGUGGGAUCUUGGUGACAACGGCAGAUGGAAGUCCUCGAAUGGCUUUCCAGUAUAUGCUAUACCGGGGCAAGACGGAGCUCUGUUCAUGGACCAGAGCGCCUUGUACAGCGGCAACAUGACCGAUGUGCCUAAUGGUCAUGAGUUGACUGAGAUCUACUACAACAACGACUACGUCAGGCUGUUCACGCGCAUCAACACAGGCAACGGUGGAGGUGCUCUUCCCAGCCUUUGGGUAUUCUUGCUAGUGGUCCUUGGAAUAUUGAUGGCAAUCAUUGGCCUUACUUCGCUGUCCAUGCAUUGGCUCCAGCGACGUCGUAGACAGGCCUUGCGAAGACGCGUGGCCAGCGGCGAGGUCGAUCUGGAAGCACUGGGCAUCAAACGCCUGACUGUUUCACAGGAGCUACUUGACGAGAUGCCGCUAUACACCUAUGGCACCGCGGCGAUAAUAUCCAAGUCCUCGCAACGAGCAUCCACGAUCGCAGAAGAAAAGGCGGAUGCCUUAAGCCAACCAGCUUCGGAUACAAACCUGGCCAGGCCUGCUCCUGCCGUGAGAUCGACUAGUUACCGACCUACGCCACUAUCACAACCUACCUGUGCUAUCUGUCUGGACGACUUCGUGCCGCUCAGCUCCGGUACCGAAGGAUCCACAGUUCGCGAACUGCCAUGCCAUCACAUCUUCCAUCCCGAGUGUGUGGACACUUUCUUGCGAGAUAGCAGCAGUCUAUGCCCCAUGUGCAAGAAGACGGCAUUACCUAAGGGUUACUGUCCGAAGACUAUCACCAACGCUAUGGUCCGACGGGAAAGAAUAGUUAGGACCAUUCGUGAACGGAUGCCAGCCGACGCCGAUGCGGCAGAGAUCGGUCACAGCGACCAUCGUUCUUCGGCACCAAUGACUCUUGGUGGACGCAUCCGAAGUUCUGUCGGCUUGCCCGGCAGAAGAAUGAGCAGCGCCCCGGUCAAUAACAGCCAGCAGAUGCGACAAAUGGAAUCGACCACAGCGCCAUCGACCACUGAGAUGUCGUCUGCCCUCCAGCCUUCCGAACCUGGGGUUCAGCCUACAGCAUCACCGCCAGUCCAGCCACCUGCGACGCCAGGUCGACGCGAAUGGGCCAGGCGAAGAGCCGAAAACAUGCUCGGUCCUCGUGCCCCUGAAGAUCCGGACGAAGUUGACAAUCAGCGAACGCCUGCAUGGCGGAAAGCCGUACGAGGUCUCUUCCCUGGCUUCAGACGAUAG